GCCCACUUAGCUACUUCACUCAAAUGUCCUAUGGUGGAAUUUCAGAGAAGAGUCACGGCGCUAGCAGCUACAGAAAACAUUCCUAUAGUCGAAGCCCGGGACAAACUGAAGACCAACGCCUCUUUUUCAUCCUCCAAACUCUCCUCUCGUGAGGAUCUUAACUACAAAGAUUUUCCACUAUUGUCUCGCUCUGACUCUAGCUCCUCGCCUCACAACAUCUUAAAUAAUUUUCAUAGCCAUAACCUAUAUAACGUUUUAGGCAAUGAAGAUUCUGACUCCUCACUCAACAUGAGAUCCUACGCCCAGGCUCUAAACCAGGAAAGUGCUCUCGUGCGGAGCUCUCCACACACUCGCAGCAUGCGCUUGGUGGAUCGUUGCACGCAGGACUUGGAGAGCCCGCGCCAGAACCAAUACAAAGAAUACAAGGACGCCUCCGCUCUUAAGCCUGGACAUCAACUUCACCUUGCUCACGCUGAGGCCUUAACGUCCCCCAAUGGGCGCACACCCAACAUCUCUAAGAACAGCGCUUUACAUGCUUAUAAGGAUGUGCAGAGCAACGAGGAGGUCGACAACGUAGCCAAGCGCGUCGCGCGCUUAGGAAACCGAAUAUAUUUCAAGAUCCCGCACUCGGAUCUGCACGCGGAGGCAGCGAAAGCCUGCGACAUUGUGUCCCGGGCGUAUCUCGAGGACUCCUUCUGGGUCAAGGGCAUUAUACGAGGUGUGAUCAAAAAGCGUCUCAAGCGUGAGGAGAUAGUCACCAUUAACCGCAUCAGGUGCGAUCACUACAAUUUGGCCUACAGUCUGCACAGGAAAAAUCUAACCAAUCUCAGGAUUGUCACUGCGGUGAGGGCAGAGAAGACAUAAAUUAUGUUAUUUUUUAUUGUCCACUGUACAGAGUCAAAGCCAAAUAUUUAAUAAAAUAUUUAAAAGACAA